UUAUUUUCCAGUACAAGUGAUUAUGUUGAUAGCAAGUAUACUGGACCAAUCGUCUUGACAUUUUGUAUGCUAAUUCUAACCAUGCAUUGUCGUCAGGUUGGUAAAAGAAGAAUUUGUGUGGUCAAUCGAUGUGCCUCGGUAUAGAAGCAUGUGACUCACUUCUAAACCGCGUUUGUUCUAAUGUUUUUUUAGACGGCAAAAACAGCCAAGACGUUGUUCGUCUGGAAAUUGGAGGUAAUGGAAUAAUAACAUAAUAAAUAAAACGUUUUCUAUGCGACAGUGUAACACAUAAUUGACAAUUUUCAAGACAAUGACCGUUAUUAAUCCAUUGAGCUGGAGCACUCUCGCCUUGACGAGUAAAAUCAUCUGGCGUUAGAAAGAGCAAAAUAAUAAAGAAGGGUGCAGUCAGGUGCAAUAUGCAACUUAAUGGGUUAACAUUAUAAUUUUUAUUUUAGGCCGAGGAAAGCAAGCAAAAAAUUAACAAUAUCAAACAAAGAAAUCAAGCUUUGAUCAAUAACAUUUUACCAAGUUACGUGGCGACGCAUUUCAUGCAGAAUCAAGAUAAGGAUGAGACGGUAUGCGAGACAUUGAAUGCACCCUAAUAGCUCUCUAUCAGUUCUGAACUGUUCAGUAACAGCCAGCCUUUGUUGGUCAAGUGUUACUAGACGAGGAAACCAGAGUUGAUCCAUCCCAAGAAGCAGCCGCGAAGAAACAAGGCAUAUGGGUAUUAAUUCAAUCUUUUUUCUACGCUAGGAGUUAUACAGCCAUUCCUACAAGAACGUGAGUGUCAUGUUUGCAUCCAUCCCAAAUUUUGACGACUUUUAUUCGGAGGAUAGCAUCAAUAACAGUGGCGUGGAAUGCAUGCGGUUUUUGAACGAGGUCAUUUCUGACUUCGAUGAGGUACGUUGUAGUGGUAUAUGCCACCAUACCCAAUAUAACCAUCUACUAUACUGUUACAUCAUCUCCCUAUAAUAAGCCUUUUACAAUAAUUGGUCACGUGACUCAAGCUCCCUUAAAAUAAACCCCAGAAAUGAAAAGAGCACUUCAAUGUUAGUAAAAGGCUAAAAGUGUAAAGUUUCAGCCAGUGGCGUAACGGAGAAGCCCUUAUAGGCAUAUUUGGUGUGCAUGGGGCCCCUGCACGUUGACCGUUGUCAUUGUUUGACCGAGAUAUUAUAUUUAUAUUGAAUAUUUAUAGAAUGUUCUGGAAAAUUGUGUGUCCAUAACAAUAACAGUCUCCAACACAUGUAACAACUAAUAAGAAUAACUUUUGUUUUAUUUUUGAGAUAAAAAAACCCAGCUAUCGUUGUCGAUGGAGGCUUUAUUAUUUCCUAUUGAUUCUUAACCUGCAUUUUUUUACGUUUUCUAAUUUUCUGGGCGAUAGGCCGUGGCUGAUGGUGUCCCUAACUGUCGGGGCCCCUUAGUUUUUGAACUAACCCUAUCCAAUGAGCGUUACACCACUGGACCUUCAGCUUAUAAUAUGCAAUAUGCAAUAUCAUCAUCGUUAUCAUCAUCAUCAUCACCAUCAUCAUAUCAUCAUCAUUGCCACCGUCAUCAUCAUCAUCUUCAUCAUCAACAUUGCCAGAAUCACCACGAACACGAUCAAUACCUGAUCAUUAUCAUCUUCUCCAAUAUAAACACUCACAUCAAGAGAAAAUAGACCUCACACUGUUAUUUUUUAGCUGCUUGACGACCCGAGAUUCGGAGAUGUGGAAAAAAUAAAAACAAUAUGUAGUACAUAUAUGGCUGCCUCUGGCCUCGCUUCUGGGCUUCAGAAAGAUGAACAGGUAUGAGCAUUAACAAUUGCUGCUGAGUUUAAGAUUAGUAGUUACAUGAGUGUGGGGUUUAUGCUGUUUGUAUCAACAUUUUUUAGAGCUCAUGGAAGCCACUGCUCGAUUUGGUCGACUUUGCUUUGGCUUUGAAAGGACGUUUAAAAGAAAUAAACCAAGAGUCGUUCAACGAUUUUGUUCUUCGAGUUGGUAAGUACGAUUAACUGACUCAUUGGUUGCAUGUAUGUAACUAUAGGCGGACGUCCAACCAGUUUGGAAAAUAAGAAUCAUAGACGGUUGUUUUUUAAGCCAACAUUUUCACAAAUUGCGUUUUUUCAGGUCUUCACUGUGGUCCUGUGGUAGGAGGUGUAAUUGGUGCGAAGAAACCUCAUUACGACAUCUGGGGAAAUACAGUGAAUGUUGCCAGCCGUAUGGACAGCACUGGCAAGGGUGGAUACAUACAAGUGAGUCUUGGAUAGCUCUAUCAGUUCUAAACCGUUCUUCCUAGAGGUCCAGUAAGGAUUAUGUCUUAUUGAUCCAGUGUUACUACAGGAUGAAACCUAAACUAAACUAACUUUAUUUAUACUGGAGAGCUCUAUCAGUUCUGAAAUGUUCUUCCUAGAGGUCCAGUAAGGAUUAUGUCUUAUUGAUCCAGUGUUACUACAGGAUGAAACCUAAACUAAACUAACUUUAUUUAUACUGGAUAGCUCUAUCAGUUCUGAAAUGUUCUUCCUAGAGGUCCAGUAAGGAUUAUGUCUUAUUGAUCCAGUGUUACCACAGGAGGAAACCUAAACUAAACUAACUUUAUUUAUACUGGAUAGCUCUAUCAGUUCUAAACUGUCCUCCCUAGAGGUCCAGUGAGGAUCAUGUUUUAUUGAUCCAGUGUUACUACAGGAGGAAACCUAAACUGAACUAACUUUAUUAAUACUGUAUAGUUAUAUCAGUUCUAAACUGUUCUCUCUAGAGGUCCAGUAAGGAUAAUCUCUUAUUGAUCCAGUGUUUACAGGAAGAAUUCUAAACUAAGCUAUCUUAUACUGGAUAGCUCAAUUUCAAACUGUUCUCCCUAGAGGUCCAGUAUAAAUCCAACCCUAUGCGGUCACAGAAGUGAAAUGGACAUGCGCUAACCACCGGGUCACCAACAAUCUGCUUGCUGUGUCCACCCUAUUAAACUAACUGCCAUUUCUCUUUCGCAGAUUGUGGAGAAAACAUAUGAAAUGCUAAAAGACAAAGGAUAUACGUUUAUUUAUCGUGGCUUAGUGCAAGUCAAAGGGAAAGGAACGUUAACUACAUAUUACUUGACGGGUAAACUGGAUCAAAAUUCAAACAAUCCGCCCCAUGCUCAUCUGAAUACAAUAAACACGCCAUUAUGAGCUCUGGAACAAUCCGUUAGUACCGUAGAUCUUCAGAGAACGUUUUCAUACCGUGCUUAACUGCUGGUUCAGUCCUCCCCCCCUGGAUAGCGUGUAGUAUAUGGCCCUUACUAUCUGAGGAAUAGAUACUGUUAGCCCCUCAACUUCACCCCGGACAAAAUGGAUAAAAUAUAGGACUUUCUUAGAAAUGUCCUUUUCACCAGAUGACAUAUAAAAUAUAGCAUUUGGGUACAGUGUGUAGUUAUGAGAAUAGAUUAAUACAGUUCACCCCCCCCCCCCCC